AUGUCGACGUCGAAGAAGAAGACUCUAUUGGUGAGCUCCGAUGGUGAAGAGUUCGAGAUCGACGAAGCGAUCGCAGUCCAAUCGCGGAUCGUAGCUGCUUUUUACGAAGAAGAGAUCGACGAAGCGAUCGCAGUCCCCAACAAUCGAUUCACGAUCGAAAACGUCACAGGCAGCGUCCUCUCCAAAGUGAUCGCGUACUUGAAGAAGCACGCCGUCUCCGUCGGCGAUGGAGGUGAAUCUUCUUCUUCUUCCUCCGCCGAAGAGGAUCUGAAGAAAUGGGACGCCGAGUUCAUGGAAACCGACCAGAAGACGAUCUUCGAUCUCAUGCUCGCUGCGAAUUACCUAACCAUCAAACCUCUGCUUGAUCUCACCUGCAAAACUGUUGCUUCCAUGAUCUUAGCCUGCAAAGAUGUUGACGAGGUCCGCGAGAGAUUCAACAUCGUCAACGAUUAUACACCCGAGGAAGAAGCAGAGGUUCGCAAGGAGAAUCAAUGGGCUUUUGAAUGA